UGACAGCUGUGAAGUGAAUAUGGUUGUGUAGAUUCAACAGCUGAUACUGUGAUUAUUAUUUUUGUUGAUAAUAGUAAUUAAUUCAAAUCAGAAUGAUUAAAAGAGGUAAAUGAUACAUAAAUUAGACAACUUCGAUAGAAUUGCUAAUAGAUAGCGAAAUAGUUCGCAUUUAUUAUAUCUGUGCUACAAUGAAUACAAGUUCGCCGGACGCGGUCCAUCCACGAUUUCUAAAGAAACCCGUGUUUUUAGUUGGCGGUCUGAAAAUAGCGCUGGUUCAGUUAUCAGUGGGUCCAGACAAGGCUAAAAAUGUGGAGGCUGCAGUUAGAGAGAUCCACAAGGCCAAGGAGAUGGGCGCCCAGCUAGUUGCUCUGCCCGAGUGCUUCAAUGCACCUUAUGGAACCAAGUACUUCUCGGAGUACGCGGAGGAGGUGCCGGGCGGCGGCACGAGCGCGGCGCUGUCGGCGGCGGCGGCGGCGGCCCGCGUGUGCGUGGUGGGCGGGUCGCUGCCCGAGCGCUGCGGGCCGCGCCUCUACAACACCUGCACCGUGUGGGGGCCCGCCGGCGAGCUGCUCGCCAAGCACAGGAAGGUCCAUUUAUUCGACAUAGACAUCCCUGACAAGAUAACGUUCAGAGAGUCGGACGUGUUGUCCCCGGGUGACCAGAUCACCACCUUCGAGUACGGCGGCAUAAAGAUCGGACUUGGCAUUUGUUACGAUCUGCGGUUCCCGGAGAUGGCGCAAAUUAUGGCCGAUCAAGGGUGUUCGCUGCUGGUGUACCCGGGCGCGUUCAACAUGACGACGGGCCCGCGGCACUGGGAGGUGCUGGCGCGCGCGCGGGCCUCCGACCUGCAGCUGUGGGUGGCGCUGGUGAGCCCGGCGCGGGCCGCCGCGGCCGACUACGUGGCCUGGGGACACUCGCUGCUCGUCGACCCCUGGGGGCAGCCUGCCGCCACGCUCGGCCACGAACCCGACACGCUGCUCGCCGACAUAGAUCUGAAUACAGUAGAAGAAGUACGAAGCCAAAUACCUGUAAGGAGACAGAAGAGGAAUGAUAUCUACGAAAUUGUACAUAAAACAAAUAAAUGCCAAACAGAUUAAAUUAUACAUUUGUAUAAUCUGUGAUAAGUGCAACAAGCACUGUUCAAUAGCAGAGGGGAAAAAUUUAUAUAGAUUUAUUUUUCAACAAACAUUUUAAUGCUAAUUAGAAACUGCAAACAUGAAUGAUGAUGUGCAAUAAUAUUUUAUAAGAUAAAUAAUUGAAUUAAUUAAGUAAAGACGAAUGAACAAUGAAUUUAAUAAGAUUGUCAAUUGAAUUGAAAUAACAGUUAAUGAAAAUCACAAAAAAAAAUCAGACUGAGAUCCAAAGUGUGAUUAUUUAAAAAAAAAUUUUCGACGCCAUAUUUAUUUAAUGCUACUAUCGUGUAAACUGUAUAAUUUACACAAUUCUCUUUAAUGAUGAAAAUGUUUGGUAUAAAAUGAGGAGACAUACAUAUAUAAUGUAAUCCCUUAAUUUACUUCAUCAAAAACUUUCGUAUAUAUUAUAUUCUAAAAGACAUUAUCGCCGUUUUUUUGACAGUUGGUUAAAAAAGAAUAGAGUUCCCAUAUUAAAUCGAUAGUUGAGUCAAAAAAUCUAAACUGUAAAUAAUAUGAUUUUAUUUUAAAUAAAUGUAUAGAAAGACAUUAAGAAACAUAUUAAAAAUAUUACAAAUGCACCCUUUUCUUCAUGACUCUUUUACAAGGGAUCAAUUUAUUGUUUAAAUAUUACUUAACAUAAAAACGACACAUUAAGGUAUUUGUAAGAUUUAAAACUUGCAAUUCUAUUUUUUUAAUAUUAUUACACAAAUAUAUUUGUUAAAGUUU